AUGGUUCCUCACAGAUCCACCAAAGGAGCAUCCAAAGCACGACGGGACCACAUUAAUCAUGAGAUCCGGAAUAUGCGAGCUCUGCUUCCCAUCCCCUUGGAGGACCAGGAGCGUCUUUCCUACUUGCACUCAAUGUCUGCCGUGUGCACCUACAUUAGGAAGUCGGUUCUCCUUCAGGGUAUUCCAACUGGAGUGGUUCUACCUCACGCUUUUCCGUAUGAGGCCUUUCUCCAAGCCUUACAUGGCUUCAUCCUUGUCACUACUAUCCAAGGGAGGCUGGUCUAUGUGUCUGAAAAUGUAUCAGAAUAUCUCGGGCUUUCCAUGGCAGACAUCCUUCAAGGAGACACUAUAUUUGAUAUGGUGGAACCCAGGGAGACUGACAUUAUUGAGCCCAUCUUGAAGGGAUACAGUGAAAAGAACCCGUCAUCAGAGAGGAGUUUUAUAUGUGAGAUGCAGGCCUCCAAGACAUUCAAACAGCAGCAUGGCAGCUGCUCAAUGCUCGUCCGAGGUAGCUUCCAUUCCUUCCCGGAGCCUUGUCCAUUCUCCUCCACCCGUGUUGCUGGCGAGCCCCUCUUUGUGGCCCUGUGCACCCCCACAGUGGACCGCCUCAGCGCUAUCGAGUCACACUUGUCCCCCAGUUUUGACAGUGAGCACGCGCUUGACAUGAGCUUCACUCGGCUCUCAGACAAUGUUUUCUAUUUUUUGGGCUACUCGGCCGAAGAAAUGGUUGGGCGAUCAUGGUACAGCUUAGUUCACCCUGAAGAUCUAGCGUUAAGUGUGAAUCAUCACAAAGCUUUAUUACAAGCAGACGAGAGCCUGCAGGUACAGAUGGUGCUCAGACUUCAGUGCAAAGAUCUGUCAUGGGCCCAGAGCUAUGUUCGUUCUCACAAAGAAUCGGAGUGCCAGACUACUCGUAUUCGCUGCACUAACUUCAUCAUCAGUGAAACAGAAGCCAAGUUUCUGCAGAGAAGAAUAAACGAUGAGGCUUUAAGACCAUCAUCUCCAGCAGACAGUGUUCCCCGUAAAAGGCAAAGGACUCCUAAUAGCCUAAGUGAUGAAACGAUUUCCAAAACCAGAUUGGCGAGUGAAGAAGACCUCCACCAUGGGCAUAGCUCACCUUUUCCUUCAGGAGGUAGCCCCACGCUCUUCACCCCUCCGUACAGCCCUGCAUCUUCCAGCUCCACCAUGCAGCAUGAUGACCCGAGCCUUGUCCUCCACAUGGAUGUGCAACGAUACGCCGAUCCACUUCUGUCCUCCCCGGAUGAUUCCCCUCCCUACUACUCAUACCCAGAGGUCGCACUGGCCUGCCACCUCUCACCCUCCCAGCACACCUUUGAUCAGAGAGUCUUCAGCACUUUCAAUCCUCUCUCCCCAGCCUCCCCCUCAUCUCCCGCCUAUGAUUUCCCAGCUUGCGCAUCCCAUGCCAGAUUAGUUCCAGACGGUUUGGCCAUGUCUGACAUGAGUGAGAGCUCCAGGGACUGCACCCUGCAUCAAGAUGACUUCAGCCUGUUGGAGCAACCACAAGAGGGCAGUCUCUACCAAGUGCACCAAAAUCCCCAGUACACGUUACAUUCCAGUCUUUCAAUGACAUCUGAGCAGUACAACCAGAUGGAGCAAGCAGAGAUCAGCAUUCUAGCUGAGCAGAUUUCCUCGUUGGCCUCCACUUUUGACAUGUUAGGCCCUCUCAAUCUGCUCCAAAGUGUCGCCCUGAAUGACUGUCUGCCCUCUUUCUCCUCAUCAUGUCAAUGGCCAAGCCAGGUCGCUCUCCCUACUGCAGUGCAUUCUAAACUGAUGAAUGAUGGUGUAUUAGAAAGCCUCCUCUGUGAUUUGGACGCAGGCACAAAGAAAAGUGCUGAUAUUCCCAACUUCAGCUACCAUCCAGAUCCACUCGCUCACAGCUCCACCACCCCAGAGAACUCACUGCCUGCAAACAAUGUCACCUUAGAUCCCUUCACUUUGCAGUUGGGAUGCCAGAUCCUCAACACUGAGUUGCAUCAACUCAACCACUCCUUGCAGAGUAGCCUGCAGCAAGACGGACUUGCUGAAGAAAACCUGUACUGA